AUCCUAUUGCAUAUACACACACGGUGAUAGGAAUAAACUAUGGACAUUAUGGUAGUAAAUUGAUUGCAGGCAUGGCAGGGGCCAAACCUGGCGUACAUGUAGUGCAGCUUAAACCUAUUCAGGUUCCAGAAUCAUUAGUGAAAGGGAAUAAAUUCAUAAAAUGGGACGAGACCUCCCAAACAGGGACUCCUGUGACCUUGAAGGUGGACCCAAAGGGUUACAUCCUGUACUGGAAAGACCAGAACAAGACGUCCAAAGAUGACAGUUCAGAUAUGGACUAUUUGGACAUCUCCUACAUCCGAGACACACGGACAGGAAGAUACGCCCGGGUUCCAAAGGGUAGUAAUCGUAGGCCCUCUGCACCGAUACAAGCCUUAUUGCAAAGUGCAUGGAAACCUAUAAAGAAAAAGAUCUAUAAGGAAGGAAAGUUGCGAGACCAAUGCAUGAUUGGUCCCUCUGAUAUUCCCACGGAAGACAAGACAAUCACAGUAUGCUACGGGAAGGACAUGACCAACAUUGACUUUGUCAACUUCGUGUGUGCCAGUCGUGAAGUGGCCAGGGAGUGGACGGAUGAAUUGCUGAAGUUCGCCACUAACUUGCUGGCCUUGAAUAGCAGUGUAUUGUCCUAUCUAGAGAAGGUCCAUACAAAGCUAACUCAUGUACUGGACGUUAACGGGAGGAUCCCGGUCAAAAACAUCGUCAAAAUGGUGGCCAGAGACUCUAAUGACAAGAGGAAAGUGGAAAAGGCCCUGGACUCUGUAGGAUUUGUGGCUGGAAAGGACAGUUUUAUCAGCUUGCCAUUUAAAAAAAUGGCGAAACACCCUAAACAGAAUGAAACUAUCGACCCAAACAGGUUUUCCUUUGAGGAGUUUUUCAGUUUCUAUCGACACCUUGUCGGAAGGACAGAAGUGGACAAAGUGUUUGAUGAAGUGGGUGCUAAGAAGAAGCCGUAUCUAACUGUGGAGCAGUUUGUGCAGUUUCUGAACAAGGAGCAGAGGGACCCCCGCCUAAACGAGAUCCUGUACCCUUACUACACAGUCAGGCAGGCUCAGGACCUCAUAGACCAGUACGAGUCCAGACAAAACAUGGCAGCAAAAGGGCAUUUAUCACAAGAGGGAUUUCUUAAGUUCUUGAUGAGUGAAGAUAAUAAUAUAGUACCUCCAGACUCCCUGGAUCUCAGUCAUGAUAUGAACCAACCUCUGGCCCACUACUUCAUCAACUCCAGUCACAAUACCUACCUACAAGGUCAUCAGCUAACUGGGCGGUCAUCAGUUGAGAUGUACCGGCAGGUGCUACUGUCUGGCUGUAGGUGUAUAGAGUUGGACUGCUGGGACGGCCGGAAUGCAGAUGAAGAACCCAUCAUCACUCAUGGAUACACCAUGUGCACUGAGAUCUCUUUCAAGGAAGUUAUUGAAGCUAUAGCAGAGAGUGCUUUCAAGACAUCAGACUACCCAGUCAUUCUUUCUUUUGAAAACCAUUGUUCGCAAAGGCAGCAAGCCAAAAUGGCCGCCCAUUGCAGAAACAUUUUUGGUGACUUGCUCCUCACAGACCAACUGGAUGAUUUUCCUCUGGAUAUUGGAGCUCCAUUACCAGAUCCUACAACUCUUGUUCGCAAAAUUAUUGUCAAGAACAAAAAGAAACAUAUGCACCAAAGAGAAAAGCCAAAACAGCUGUCCAAACCUCAGAGCCAAUUAAGGGACACAAAUUCGGUGGAUGAGGGUGGCGGGACUGGCGGUACCGGGGUAGGGACCACAGGGAGUGGGGGAGGGAGUUUCAGUGAGGCGACCCCUAAACGCACAGAGAGUGUAUCAGAGGACGUUGUCAGCCAAGGAUUACCUGCCCCUGAUGGUACGCCAGAGGAAGUGGCAUCAGAUUCAUCGGAUAGCGAUGACGACGAAGAUGGAGAUGAGGAUAAUGAGGAAGCAAGACGGAAGAGGCAGUUCCGUACAGAAAAGGGAACAGCAGGGAAAGAAGCAGAGGCAGGUGCAGAAAUGUCAAUGCUUGUCAACUAUGUUCAACCAGUUCACUUCCAUUCCUUUGAGGUUUCAGAAAAAAGAAACAAAAGUUUUGAAAUCUCCUCCUUUGUGGAAACUCAGGCGACCAGUCUCCUAAAGGAGUACCCCGUGGAGUUUGUCAAUUAUAACAAGAGGCAGCUGAGUCGGAUCUACCCCCGGGGGAAGCGGGUGGACUCCAGUAACUUUCUGCCGCAGAUUUUCUGGAAUGCUGGUUGCCAAUUAGUAGCAUUAAACUUCCAAACUCUAGACCUUGCCAUGCAAUUAAAUCUGGGAAUAUUUGAGUACAAUAAUCACUGUGGCUACAUCUUAAAGCCAGACUUCAUGAGGAGGGAUGACAGGCGAUUUGAUCCCUUCGCAGAGUCUAUUAUGGAUGGUGUUGUGGCAGCAACAUUAACCAUCAAGGUUAUAGCAGGGCAGUUUGUAACUGACAGAAAGAUAGGGACGUAUGUAGAAGUGGAUAUGUAUGGUUUACCUACAGACACUGUACGCAGACGUCAUCGAACUAAAACAGUCCCAAACAAUGGCAUUAAUCCCGUCUACGAUGAGGAUCCUUUUGUUUUUAAAAAGGUUGUGUUGCCAACUUUGGCGGUUAUACGGAUGGCUGUUAUGGAUGAGAACAACAAGUUGUUGGGCCACAGGGUGCUACCUGUAAUGGGACUACGACCAGGUUAUCGGCAUAUACCUUUAAGGAACGAAUGUAAUCUACCCUUGUUGAUGCCAACUGUGUUUGUUCAUAUCAGCGUGAAGGACUAUGUUCCUGAUGACAUGUCUGACAUUGUGGAUUUUUUGACAAAUCCUCAGAAAUUCCCGACCACCAAUUGGAGAGAAAAAACUAAGGAGAAAAGGAAAACUCUUCUGUCUAAGUUGUUUGAUUUUGGAGAAGAUUUCAAAAUAUCUGACCUUGAAAAUGGCAAAUCCCCAAAACUGCACAACGUUAAUAAAAGCAGUAACACAAAGUCGGUGCAGUCAAACGGAAGAGCAUCAGUUCCACCAUCCCCGCAACACGAAGAUUCCAAACCACUGGCGGGAAACAAGAGCUCAGUCCCUGCGUUUACAGAGGAAGUCACAAAGCAACAGAUAACUAAGAAACCCACUCAUCCAUUAGUAAAAGCUGAGCCAAGCAAUGGCCAACCAAGUCAGUUCAACCAAAUAUCAGUUAAAGAAAACAGGGUGCAAUCAAAGAGCACGAUUCAAUCACUAUUGGAUGAUCCAUCAUUGCUGGUACCAACACCUCUGAAAGAUCUCAAAAACCAGAAGGGCUUCUUCAAAGUGAUCUGCAAGAGAGAUAAGGAGCUAGAGAGCCUCAGCAAGAAGCACGAGAAGGCAAGAGAAACCAUGCGUGAGAUACAUGAGCUACAGGAAGAAAGACUCAUGAUAUCUCAAGUUAAAGCCAAGACGGCCAUGGAAAAAGUCCAUGCUAAGUCAUUAAAGAAAGCCAUAAAAACUGGCAAUGUCGAACAAGUGGAGCAAGCCAACAGACAAGAAUAUCAGCAGCUAACUCGUGAACAAGAUGAGAAGCACAAAGAACUACGCAAGACGCAAGCAGAAGUGUUUGUGGCAAUGUGCAAAGACCAUUUCCAAGCCGAGAUGGACGUCAUGUUGAAGCACCACGACUCCGUGUACGACGUCCUGAAACUGAUCAUGGACAUCAACCACCGUGAACACGACAGGAAGUUGACAGCCAUAUUUGAAAUGGAGGUGGAGGAGCACAGGAGGAAGAUGGAGGAACACAGCAAGAAGGAGAUGAAGACCCUCAGCAAGAUGUAUAAGGAUAAGAAUGAACUGGCCAGGAUAAAGAGAGAAGCACAGACAAAACACAUAGAUGAAGUAGUGCAAGAAAGAGCCAAGCAUAAAGACUUAUUGUAUAAGAAAAAGGAUGAGCUGAAACGAGAAUUGAGCCUAAUUCAACAGGAGUAUGAAAAGGAAAGAGAAAUGGUACCUAAAGAAUAUCGAGCAAUAUACGAAGAGAAGUGCCGAAAACUGACGGAACAAUUUCGUGACGUAGGACUGUGUGAUUCUCGCGAGGAAUUAAACGGGGAACAAAACACACCACUGUAAUACUGUAGAUAAUGUGAUAGAUUCAGGAACCAAACUACAUAUAAACAUGGCAUUUAUUGUUUAUCGACUACCAUUUACAUGUUAUACACGCAUUGUCCUAAUUCUUUAACUGUUUCUCUUUGUAUAUUAAGUAGUUAGAUAUGAGGGUAUGCGAGGACGUGUAGCAUUAGCUCAGCUGAAGAGACUCUUUAAUUUUGAUAUGAAAUGACAAUAUGAACAUUAUGACAAUCUUCUGCAUUUUUUUUUACAUGGUAUUUUGAUGAAAAAUUAUGGACUGUCCUUUUUAGAAAAUGAAAUUCUAUCACUUAAUGAAAUUUGAAAAUGAAUAAUUGGCCUGUUACUCUUAUUUUGUUAGCAUUAACAGUAUUUAGGAUUUUUAUUUGUGAAUUACAAUAUGUUAAAUAUUUAACAUUUUUAAAAAAAAAUUUGUAUUUAAUAUAAUCACUGCCCUUCAUAAGAUUGGCUUUUUUUGUCUUGAAGCAUAAUAUUCUACAAAACAAAGUAUGAACUUGUAUCAAUAUUUUUUAAUUGACAUGAACAUGCAUGUACGUAUGGUAUGAAAUAGAAUCUUAAGUGUACGUUGAAAUGUUUCUCUUACGAUGUUAAAAGUAUUGCAUUAUGGUAGUUACAAACUUCCAUGUACACGCUUUAUAUAAGGGUAGCAUAUUAAUAAAUGUAUCUGUAAUGAAUUGUAUUGAUAGAUAUGUUAAUGUAAAAUAGAAAUGUGAAACAAUCAUUCCAUAGAUUACAAGUCUGUAUACUCUAAGACAUUGUUCAGGCAGAUUGAUGGUACAGUACUAGGUAAAGCAAUAUUACGUGUAUUGCACUCUGAAGGACAAUUUUGCCGUGACUAUUGUUUAAGGUGUAAAAAUCAUUUGUUUAAUUAUGCACUUGCUGCAGCAGCAGGACUUUAUGUAAACAGAUAACGUGUGCUAUAAGACAUAGAAUCUUUGGUGAUCGUAUUAUUGAUGCAAAUUGUUUUCUGAUUGGUAUUUUUCAUGUGAUUGAAGGUAAUGUAAAAUGUACAUUUUAUAACUUCAGAUAUGCACAACCGAUACUUAGUACCCCACUGUCGUGUGCGAUAGUGGGGUGUAUAUACUCCUACAUCUGAUGUGUACUGUAAUGAUAAUGUUCUAAUCCUUGCCCGAUCUGAACUCGAGCCGAGUAUGUCGGAUUGCCCCGUGUUCCUGGAUAUAGCCAUUCCAAGCGUCAAAAAAACUACGUAUAUUAUAUAGCACCUACAUUUUAUAUGUUUUAAUACGUACACAGCAUUAUAAUUGGGAAUUACUUCUUUAUUAUUGAGCAAACACCGCGGACAAUAAAGUUGUUCAUGGAAUCACCAGAGGGGUGUCCAUGGGGCAUUAGUGUCUGCAGACAACAGCAAGUUGUUGCGUAGUUGUCAUGACAACCUUUUUUUUUUUUGUGAUGUACAUGUAAUACAUUACCAUUAUAAUAUGUAAAUUAGUGGGCGGCGGUCUCGUAGUGUUUACUUUGUCUUUCUGCAUAUAUAUUAACCAGUUUAUGUAUACAUAACAUGGUGUUGUUUAUAUAUUAUAUCAUUAAACUUGUUUUUUUUAAUUAUCCUUUUUUUCCACAUUUUUUACAGAAAAAGAUUUAUAUAUCAAGAUUAUUAGAAAACCAUUUAUACAUGUAAAUGUAACAAUUAAACGUAUUGAUUUUUAUUGUGCAGAGUGAUAAUUGAUGAUAUCUACAAAAUCUAUGUAAUUCAGUGGGAUCUUGCCAUGGUGUGUAGGUAAAGGGAGAUUACUCAGAAGCUAUGAUUCUGUCGGGGUUGCUAAAGAGCAAUCUGUGUGUGAACACCCUUGUUAUGCAGUUCUUUGUUUUUAUAUGCAUCCUAGAAAAACUUGUGAAUGAGUGUGUCCUGUGUAUCAUUGUUGAAUUAAAACCCUUAUUUUCUUAUUUUACCACUGGUCGGAUAACUUUGAAAAUAAUGUAGACAGAUUAUUAGAUAUAGUUUAUAAAGUUGAUGAUCUAUUGUAUAUUAUACAAACCAUUCUUAGUUUUGUUUUUGAUUCAAUUGACACUUGUUUGAAAUACGUGUAAUGAUAAUGGAAGACUCGUAAAACUAAUUACAAAUACUAACAUUACACUAAAAAAUUUAUCAGAGAUAAUGUGGACGCAGAUUUUGGUAUAGAAGAGGAGCCAUUUUUUCACUCCAAUUUUUUCAAAGAUUGAUGGGAGGGGGCUUACAAGAUUGGAAGGAUUAAAUUAUGCCGAGUUUAUGAGUCAGUGCUUUACAGCCAAACAAAUGGGCAAUUCCUCCACGGAAACAAAAUCGGACAAACUUAAAAAUUCUUAUAUACAACGUAUUUGAUGGGGAAAAAUCUAGUAAAAAAAUUUGAGGAAAAAAAUGUUUUAUAAGUUAUUUGGAUCUAAACAAAACAGUGCGUUAAAUGGCAGAGACAUCUAGAAUACUCUUUUGAAUGGCUAUUAAAUCAGGACUCAGUGUACCUCGACUUUUAUAAGAACUCUUUUUUUUCAUAUUUUUUUAUUUAUAUAAUAAAAGUGCUGCUGGUGUUUGAGAGGAGUUAAAGCGAGAGAAUACAAACGACCACAAUAUAUAUAUAUAUAACAGCUAUGUGUACCAUUUAUUGGGAGUUCAUUUGUUUUGUUCUUUUUUUUUGGUCAGAUUUCUAUACGUGUCCAUUGUAUAUGCUUUUUUUUUCUUCAGAAGUUGCAACAUGACUUUCCUAAGUAUCAAGGACUUUGUACUUUUCUUGUCUGGUUUUUGUAUGUCUCCCAUUGUUUUGUUAUCUUAUCAAUCAAUCGUCAUAUGUUAUAAUAAAAGUCGAAAUAACCAGA